AUGUCUCUUCCAACCCGCGAAUUGGAUAAAACCGGUGUCAAGAUCCCAAUUGUUGGCUUUGGAUGCAUGGGAUUGAGUGAAUUUUAUGGACCCGCUGACGAGAAUGAAAGCAUUCAAGUAUUAAAAAGAUCACUCGAGUUAGGAUGUAACUUUUGGGAUACUGCGGAUAUCUAUGGAAGAAACGGAGCCAAUGAGAUCCUUUUAUCAAAAGUUUUAAAAGAACGCCGUGAUGAAGUAUUUCUUUGUACGAAAUUUGGAAUUGUUCGAGGCGAUGAAGGAGAAUUUGUAGAACUAAGAGGAGAUCGCGAGUACGUUCGCCAAAGUUGUGAAAAUUCCUUGAAAAGGUUGGGAAUUAGUCAGAUCGAUCUUUAUUAUCUGCAUCGUAUGCUUCCCAAGACUCCGAUCGAAGAAACUGUUGCUGCUAUGGCGGAACUUGUUAAAGAAGGCAAA